AACAAGUUCAGCAGCAGUUCAGCGACAGAGGUCCGGGGACUUCAAGGUCAAAUCGCCGUCAUAAAAGAGCUCCUUUCGUCGUUGUGCACCAUUUGCUUCUUACAUAUAUACCACACCACUACCUUGGUCAAUCCACAUUUCAACAAUCAACGCGCAUCAUGGUACUUCCUAUAGAUAAUCCUACCAAGUCCUUCUGGAUUGAAGGGGCCGAGUCGCCUUACAGGGACCAUCGUUCGACCCCCGAUCUACCAUCCGAGAUAGAUGUGGUGAUCGUUGGCAGUGGUUACACUGGAGCAACAAUGGCCUAUUGGAUACACAAGUUCACUCAAAACGGGCAAACCCCAAACAUGCUUGUUCUUGAGGCUAGAGACAUUUGUGGAGGUGCUACUGGUCGAAAUGGAGGACAACUAAGACCUCACUUCUACUCUCGCUAUCCAGCUUGGUCUGCCCGCUUCGGCCCCGAUGGAGCCCUCAAGGUCAUCCAACACGAAGCCGCCCACUUGAAAGCGUUUGACAAAGUGUUCAACGAGGAAGGUAUCGCGCAAAAAGUAUGUUUCAAGCUUGGCGAGACUUUUGAUGCGGCCAUGUCGGAGGAAGCGUGGACAAGACUGAGGGGAGCGUAUGAGCAUAUGAAGAAGGAUCAUGGGGAGAAUGGCGACAUUAUCAAGCAGUGCCGAUUGAUUGAAGAUCCGAAAGAGGCCGAAGAGUUUACGCAGAUGAAAGGCUGUAUCGGGGCUGUGGUACAUCCCUCAGGGCAAGUUUGGCCUUACAAAUUCGUCCACGCCGUGCUGGAGCUCGUUAUGAACACGGGCAAACUGAACGUCCAAUCGCACACCCCUGUUUUGAGCGUCUCAGAAAGGGAUAACGAUGGGUAUAUCACCGUGAAUACCGAACGGGGAUCCGUGCGAGCGAAAACUGUCAUCCAUGCAACAAACCGAUGGGCAUCGCAUCUUCUUCCCGAAUUCAAAAACCUCAUCUUCCCAGGCAGAGGCACAAUAGCAGCUAUCAAGGCCCCCGAGGGGUUCCUGAAGCAUACUGGUGCCCAACAUUGGGAUAGCAUCGUCAAUAAUUACCAUCUCCAACUCCCACCUCCCUUUAACACAAUCAUCCUCGGAGGCGCCAAACCUCUUACCGUCCAUGAUCCCAAGCAAUACGUCAACAACGACCGUGAAGACCUACAGUUUGCAGGUGUGCCCGAUUUCUAUCAAGGCUGGCCACAGAGGGACAUCGUGGGCUGGCAGGGUAAGGAUCCGGCGGAUUUAGAGAAAACCGUCGAAGAAGGUGGCGUUUGGACAGGAGUGUACUCUGCAAGUAUCGAUUCGUUCCCAUUUGUUGGUCCCGUACCAGGCAAACCAGGACAAUUCGUAGCAGCCGGUUUUGCAGGUCACGGCAUGCCCAGGAUCCUCGGCUCUACUGCCCAUCUGACGCCAAUUGUACUCUCCGAACUGGGCAUCCACUACCAAACCCCGACUGCGGCUAACAUUUUCCCGCCUUUGCCUGAACCGUUCUUCGCGACGCCGGAUAGGGUGGAAAAACUGCAGGCAAUAGAUGCUGCAGCCAAGUUCCAGGAAGAGAUCAAUGAAGGUUUGCUUAGCUCGAAAAAGCCUUUCGCUGGGCCUGUUCCUCAGAUUGUAACCACUUGAUUGAAAACGAGGGGAAUGAUCUAGAAGAAAUAUUGUAGCUAAAAGCAGAAGGAGCCCAGUAUAAGACUUUGUAUACAAAGCAUUAAUUAGUAUGUUGCUUAUCACAACAAGCAAUCAGUUAACGUAAUGAUCUUGUAUCAAUACAUACUGUACAAAUUUAUGCAAAUAAGACG